AUGGUCACCGCACUGUGGGCGACCGCCAAGGCUCACGAUCCCCAACUCCUUCAUGAUGGAGAGCCGUCGCGUUGGAGCUAUCGCGUCAAAGCCAUCGUCGUCUUCUUCACUCACCGACUCUGGCGCGGCGGGUCGCGUCUACUGCUGCAGGUCGUCAUCUGCAUCCUCAUGAUCCCGCUGCUGUUUCAUAUGUUGCCCACGCGCUACCGAACCGGCUAUCGAAACGUCUUGACGUGGUCAAACGCUGCACCUCGGGAAGCUGGGCCGUUGAGGAUUGUCGUCUUUGGCUCCCAAGAUCUAGCCGGCAGCUCCCCCAGCGUCGGCAACUCGGCAGCCACUUGGACCGAACAGCUGUGCUUGGAGCUGAACUGCUCCUCCUUCCUAUCCUUCGUACCGCCCAGCAAUGCGCUGCCCGGAUUGACAUCCAACGGCAUAUACGGCAACGAGCUUCACACGAUCCAGGACCACAUCAAAACGGUUGACAUCACCAACUCGCCCGCUUCCGAUUACGAUUUUCUUCUGAAAUACUACCCGAUUCCGAUUCAAUCCCCAGACCUGGAGGCGCAGAUUCAACAGUUUCUAUCACUUCCACCUCCGAGAAUUGCGCCACGCCAUACCAUCUGGAUCUUCACCUUUGGCACAUGGGACAUCUGGAAUCUGGCUGCUUUCCCUCGCUUGUCGGCCGAACACGUCAUCGACGCCUUGGUCUCGCACAUGUUCGCCCAGAUUGAGUUUCUCUACCGCAAGUCGUUGAACCCGACAUCAAUUGCCUUUUCCGACUUUUGGUCCAACGCUACCCCGUCAGAGGUCGACAGACUUGCCGACCCGAGACCCACUGGCAAAGUCGAUGAACGCGAACUCGAGACGUUUCGGAUCGUCAUCCCGGAGCUGAUCGACAUCACUCUCACUCCUGGGUGGCAAAGACGCCCCGAUCCGCCAUUGCCGCACUCCAAGGCAGAGCAGAUGCGCAAUGCAGACAUCUUGACCAAGCGCUGGAAUUCGCAGGUCAACGCGGAGCUGAAGAUGUGGAAGUCCAAGGUACGAUCACGACCGGAGGGCAUGGAUGAAGAGGGCAUCAAGGAGGUCGUUGGAUCACCCCGACAGGAGUCGCUUCUCGAAUACCUUCCUGCCUCGUUGAAGAAGAAGGAUAAUCCGACGCGGAAGGCUGGGGCCCUCGACGGCGUCGUCUACGCCCCCUAUCCACGACGCGCCGGCCUGCGGUCGAACCCGGCAAGGGCGCUGCUCGAUGCCAUGACGGAGGAAGAACUGCAGCGUUCUGGCCUGAAGGAUGGCAAAGGCCGCGGGACGGUUCCUGUCAACGACACAAUGCGUUUUGUCGACGUCUGGACUCCGUGUAUGACAGGUACGGUCGUUACUGGUAUCGAGCCUGGCCCGGGAGACACAGUUUGCUCCGUUCCCGACGACCAUCUAUUCCAAGACUUCUUCACCGUUGGCCAGCGUGCGGCCAAGGGUCUUGCCCGCUUGACGGCCAAGGAAAUCGCCAUGGACUUGUUCCCCUCUCGGUAG